CCACCGCUGCAGGGAGUGUAAAUUGGCACACCCACUUUGGAGAACACUUGGAAAUAGUCAGUUAAGCAGCUGUGCAUAUCCUACUACUCAGCAAAUGCAUUCUUGUAUGUAUGUGCUCUGGAGAAGCUCUUGCCCUGAUGCGCAGAAUACACACAGGAGGGCACUGUUAUAGUUACCAUCGCUGAAUAACAAACCACCCCAGACUUGGUGACGUAAACAGUAAACAUUUUAUCAUGCUCAUGGUUUGGAAAGGUCACGGUGGGGACUGCUUGUCUGAGGCUUCAGAUGGGAGAUCGAGGAUGACUGGACAGCUAGGGGCUGGACUGUCUAAAGGUUUUCUCGCUUAUCUGUCUGGGGAUUGGUGCUGGUUGUCAGCUAGGACGUCUGCUGCGGCCUUGACCAGAGCACCUGUGUAUGGCCUCUUCCUGUGGCGUGGACUUCCUCACAGAGUGGUGGCUAAUGGCUCCAAAGUGAAUACCUACCUCUUCAUGAUGCAAGCUCAAGGCAUUCUGAUCCGGGACAACAUGAGAACAAUAGGCGCUCAGGUGUACGAGCAGGUGGUUCGGAGUGCUUAUGCCAAGAGGAAUAGCAGCGUAAAUGACUCAGAUUAUCCUCUUGACUUGAAUCACAGCGAAACCUUCCUACAAACCACGACUUUUCUUCCUGAAGACUUCACGUACUUUGCAAACCAUACCUGCCCCGAAAGGCUCCCUUCCAUGAAGGGCCCAAUAGACAUAAACAUGAGUGAAAUUGGAAUGGAUGCCAUCCAUGAAAUGUUCUCUAAAGACCCAGCCAUCAAGCUCGGAGGUCACUGGAAGCCGUCUGAUUGCUUGCCUCGAUGGAAGGUGGCCAUCCUCAUCCCUUUCCGGAACCGGCACGAGCAUCUCCCAGUCCUGCUCCGACACCUGAUUCCCAUGCUUCAGCGCCAGCGCCUGCGGUUUGCAUUUUAUGUGGUGGAGCAAGUUGGCACCCACCCCUUUAAUCGAGCCAUGCUAUUUAACGUCGGUUUUCAAGAAGCAAUGAAGGACUUGGACUGGGACUGUCUUAUUUUUCAUGACGUGGAUCAUAUACCAGAAAGUGAUCGUAACUAUUACGGAUGUGGACAGAUGCCAAGGCACUUUGCAACUAAACUGGAUAAAUAUAUGUAUCUGCUUCCUUACACUGAGUUCUUUGGCGGAGUGAGCGGCUUAACAGUGGAACAGUUUCGGAAAAUCAAUGGCUUUCCUAAUGCUUUCUGGGGUUGGGGUGGAGAAGAUGACGACCUGUGGAACAGAGUACAGAAUGCAGGCUAUUCUGUGAGCCGGCCGGAAGGGGACACUGGGAAGUACAAGUCCAUUCCUUAUCACCAUCGAGGAGAAGUGCAAUUUCUUGGAAGGUAUGCUCUGCUGAGGAAAUCCAAAGAGCGGCAAGGACUGGACGGCCUCAACAACUUGAACUACUUUGCAAACAUCACGUACGACGCCUUGUAUAAAAACAUCACUGUCAACUUGACACCCGAGCUGGCUCAGGUGACCGAGUACUGAGGGGAGGAGGAAAUACAUGUUUGCUUCACCCGCCGCCACCAAGAAAGCAGCCUGACGACACGUCUCAGGGCUCCGCAGAGGAAGAGAACAGAAAUCCAGUGACUAAUGAAGGAUCACAGGGUUCAAGGGAAAAAUGUGAACAGAGUACACGCACAAAACGCCUUCACCAUUUGGACCCGCUGGGGUUGAGGGACUCAGCCCAGGAACUGACUUUCUCUUUUCACAAGACAGACGUCUGUCCUGCUGCUCUCCUGCCCGUCUCCUACCCCCGCGUCCCACCUCGGCCACAAUCUCCAGGACCAGAGCUGUGACCUGCCACGGUCCUGCUGCCGAGCCUCUUCCUGCGAAUGGCUGCUGGAGCCUCCUGGCCUUCAGAGCAAGGAGGCCAACCCACCACCGGGCAGCUGUGUUUUAGGAAGAGAAAAUGAAACUCCACACACCAUUCUUCUACAUCUCUGGUGGUCUCUUUGGUUUCAUUUAAAAACAAAACAAAACAAAACAAAACAAUAAAUUACCUGCUUUGGGUGGGGACUGAGGGUGGAGGGGAGGGGCUGGGGAAGAUAAAUAGACAUGUAACAAUCACUUCUUGAAGAAGUAUCAUUGUAAAUAAGCCGUGUAAAAUGCCUUUUUAAAAUUUAAUUUUAUAGCUGGCUCUAAUUCAAACCGAGGAUUUGUACGUUAAAUCACAUAUUUGUUUGACAGAUGCAGGAACUCAGCUAAAAUGGAAGAAAAUCAUGUCCCAAAUUGCUGUCACUUUGGGAGGGAGUGGAUAUAGAGCAUGUCACAAAAGAACGAAAUGGUCCAGUCUUUGUCACUGGUAGCUAACUUCUUCCCCUCCCGUCCCUGUUUCCAAAAUUCUUGCUCCUGGCUUUGGCUCUGGAUUCUCUCUUCCUUGCUGGGCACGUGCACCCUCAUCCCGGUCUUUUGCCGAACAGGAAGCUAAUGUGUUAGAACACCGCUCUCCUGCUCAAAGCAAACCCUUCAGGUGGGCCCACCGUGCACAGCCGCUGGAUCUCUGGGCUUUGUCUGUCCCUUCAUCGCCGUAAAGAGAGAGUGUGGAUGUUGGAUUUUCCCUCCUUCCCUCCCUCCCUCCCUCUUGUGGAACUUGGCCACGGUUCCUGAAGUCUGUGCCUAAAUUACCAACCAACUUCAGUGAUUCCUCUGAAUAUUUCCCUUUUUUUUUUUUGGUUUCUGGAAAGAUUCUUUGUCAACAUUAUGAACUGGUACAUAGAAUAAUGAGCAACUGAAUUACGAAGAAUUCAGCCAUGGAGCAUGGGACCCUUAUGUAUCAUGGGCCAGCUGAGAUCCAGGUUAGACCAAAUGAAAGCUUUGGAAUUAGACUAACAAAGCUGCCCAAUGCAAGAGCCCACGUGCUCUGUUCACACCCCCAUGUGCUUUUUGAAGUCAGAUUCUGAAUUGCAUUUGAAUCUGUGCCUCUGUUUUCCCCUGAGCCAAACCCCUCAACUCAGUCCCCUUUCGGCUUCUGUAGAAUUCUGAAAAAUGCCAGUUUCCCCCCUUCCUUUUCCAUAGAGCGUAUUUAUAUAUUGUGAUUAGGAGUGCUUUCUGAAGAGUACUUCAUAUUUUUUUUAAUUGCCUUGUUUGCCUUCAACUUCCUUGAUUUUCAUGGUUUACAUGGACGUGAGUGUAGGGGCGGUAUUCCUGUACAUACACGCGGGUUGGGGUUCUUUCCGUUGCAUGUGUUGGUUCCACGGACAUAUGAUCCCCACAAGCUGUGGGAGUGAUUGGCCAGGCCUUGUUUUUUGUUGUGUUUUUGUCCUUUUGAAGAGUAGAGUGCUAUUUAGAAAAUGCAUUGCAAAGCUCUUAUCGGCUCAUAUGAGAGGGCGGACUCCAGUCCUUGAAUACGCUGGUAAGUUGUAUCAUAACGUUUUAAAAAGAGUUUUGAGCAUUUCAUGCUUUAAAAGCCCUUCAUGAGGGAACACGACACACAAGUUCUUUCUGGCUUUCCUUUGCCACAUGGUGCAUAGAGCAAUAAAGAUUUCUUUCCCCCUUUCCUCCGCACACUCCCAGGCCUGCGUGUGGGCCUUGCCUCCUCUCUGAGGGCUGUGAGCUGCUUUUCAAUGUGACAAAACUAUGAUGUCAUUUGGAAGAAUUUGCCAGGACAGACUAAUUCUUGGUCAAGGAUGACGUGUGUAUACUCAGCAGGGUUGUAAAAUGAUCUUGUUUGAAGCUUUUCAUUAACAUAUUUACCACCAAGAACAAAAUGUCGGCAAAAGGCUGACACCUGAUUUGAAAAAGAAAAUGCUGAUUUGAGGACAAAAAGAAAAGUCUCUGUCCACCGCUCGAAGUGGGGUCACUUAAAUCACCUUGCAAUCAUGUGUGAGACUGUUUUAUCCGUGUGAAAUCUCUCACUGUGCACGUCAGUCAUUUAUCAACGGAGCUGGGUAUCAUGUGGGGAAACGUAAAAGCCGAAAACACAGCCAGGUCUGUGUGCUGUUAAUAUCGUAAAAUUCUCAUGUUAAAAAAAACAAAAACAAUAAGAACCACGUGUGACCUUGUGCAUAUUUUGGCAGCUGAAAUUCUUUAAGGCUACCGAUGGAUGACCCCUUAAAUCAGUCUUGUCUUUGCUGGGUGCAGGGAAAAGUUUCUCCUUUCAUAAUGUUUUUUUGCCGGGGGGGGGGCAGUUAUCUGCAAAAAUAGUCAUUUCGACAUUAGAGGGACUCUUGUGAGAGCUCCUCUACCGCAGACGUUAAUAGCUAAGCGCCAGCCACGCGUACUGAUUGUAUCCACUCACCGUUGACGAUGGCAUUGAACGUAGCUAGCUUAUUUCCAUCACUACGGUUUUUUGAGCUUGCUCUUAUGUUUUCAGAGGUGCCAGGGGUACAUUUUUGCACUGAAAUCUAAAGAUGUUUUAAAAACACUUUUCACAAAAAAAAAAUAGUCCUUUGUCAUUACAUUAUUUACUCAUGUGUUUGUACAUUUUUGUAUGUUAAUUUAUGAAUGAUUUUUUCAGUAAAAAAUACAUAUUCAAGAACUAAA